UUAGCGAGAAUACCUUUUUUCAUAAUCACACUCCUCCCCUCCCUUGUUUUUCUGCCUCGCGAGAUAGUAUGUCCUAAAUACUCCCUGUAGCCUAGGCCACUGUGAAUGAAAACGGAGUGUGUUCUCUUUCCCGCGGAACUCCUCAGGACAAAACUCAAAAUUACUUGAAUGCCUGAAUCGGACUACGUUUCCCGUGAGCACGCGCAGCCCACGCUCCUCCUCGCCCGUACAGCGUUUGAUCUCAUUGGCAGUGGCCGGAAAAGGACAAUGGUUUCCAUGUCAGCGGAUAAACGCGCUCGCCUUAGCUACCGGACCAGAAGGAGAAUGCAGCAGAGAGUGCGUGCUGAAAAGCGAGGAAGCAACUAAAGGAGUCGGUGACCGAUAGAGCAAGAGCCAUGCCACUCAGGGGCCUAGUGGACGGGCCAGACUUUGAGUAUUUUCAGCGUCGCUAUUUCACGCCGGCCGAGGUGGCCCAACAUAACCAGCCGGAAGACCUCUGGGUGUCUUACCUGGGAAACGUGUACGACCUAACGCCGUUGGCACAGGAGUACAAGGGUAAGGGCCACACUUUGGGCCAGCGUCGAGGGUGUGUUUGGGGGGUGCUUGGUUCUUGGAUGGCUAGCAUUGACGGCAGCUGCUCCUUCCCAGGAGACCUGCUGCUGAAACCCAUCGUGGAAGUUGCGGGCCAGGACAUCAGUCACUGGUUUGAUCCAGACACCAGAGACAUCCUCAAGCACAUAGAUCCGCUGACCGGUUCCCUGAGAUACCGCACCCCGUGGGGCCGCUUUCUGCACGUGCCGCCUCAGCUACCCCGUUCAGACUGGGCCAAUGAUUUCGGGAAGCCUUGGUGGCAGGGAUCGCGUUACAAGGUGGGGCGGCUGUCCGCCAAGACCCGGAAUAUCCGCAUCAUUAAUACGCUCACGUCGCAAGAGCACACUCUGGAGGUGGGGGCCCUGGAAUCAAUGUGGGAAAUCCUACACCGCUAUCUCCUCUAUAAUGCACAUGCUGCCAGCUACACAUGGAAAUAUGAAGGGAAGAGCCUGAACAUGGAUUAUACCCUGGAAGAGAAUGGUAUCCGGGAUGAGGAGGAAGAAUUUGAUUAUCUCAGUAUGGACAGUACACUCUACACACCUGCAGUACUGCUGUACUUCAGUGAUGACCUCACAGAGCAAUAGAAAGGGAGCUGUAUGCUCAUGUAGGCUCAAGACAUAUUUUGAGUUUAGCUGUUUCUGUGACCUGUAGGAAAAGAGGUGGGGAUGGGGCGGGGAGGGCGGUACCUGGACCUAGACCUCCAUUCUACUCUGGGAGCUGGCCUGAGGUUCCCAUGCCCUACUGAAGUGUAAAGGUCCUAUUCCUCGGGUUAGUUACAAUUUACUCUGAGAAAGUUAGGAAGAACGCUAGAAGUGAAUUAAUUUUUAGGAAUGAUACAAGAAAAUAAAGUAUCUUAGAUCAGGGAGAUGUAGAAGAGGAUAGUCAGAUAGAGCUCAGGCAGAACUUUUCGAUAGUAAGAGAAAGAGAAGUCCUACACAGGGAUGAGGGAUGGAAGAACUUUUCUGGCAAUGAUGGAAAUGGGAUGGCUGCAGGAAGAUGGGAUUUACAAAGACAGGAAUAGGAAAUGCCUAUCACUGGCCAUAUAAAACUGGCUAAUCUCUCUUCUGAAUAGUGUGGCAGCUGAAACCCAAGAGGAACAAAGGAAGUGAACGGUCACCCGGUAAUUCAGGCUAGAUAUUAUGCUAUGUGCUUUAUACACCUCAUUUAAUACAACUAUCCAUAAGACAGAUACCAUUACCACUACUUACAGAUAAAUCUUCUGAAGCUUAGUAAGAUUUAAUAGCACAAAAGGCACACUACUUAGUAACCAGAUUGCAAACCCAGGUCUUCCCAAUUCCAAAGUCUAUGUUCUUCUCAACGUCCAGGCUCACUGCACGAUGGGAACCUAUAGGCCUGUUGUGUAGUCAGCCGUGGUGUUGUGCUUUUUUUUGUUU